AUGACGGUUAUCACGAAUCCUUCCAUUUCUGCAGAGGCAUUGUUUGACCAAAUAUCCGAGUCAUAUGAGGAUGCAUAUGGCGGCAACGAUGGACUAAACACGGCCUUUGCUAGAUUAAGCGACUACCAUGAACCUGGUUCAUCAGUCCUCGACGUCGGUUGUGGUCCUGGGGGUCCAGCAUCCAGCCUGGCUCGGGCGGGCUUCAAUGUUACGGGUAUCGACGUCUCACAAAAGAUGAUCGAGCUUUGCCAGAAGAGUUUCCCUGGAACCUAUCAUAAGGUUGACAUGACAACAUAUGAACCAUCUCAGCAAUUUGACGCUGUCAUUUCACUCCUCAGCCUGUUCCAGCAAUCACACACAACGAUACACUCUAUGGUGUUCAAAAUGGCAUCCUGGCUCCGUCCUGGUGGCACUCUCAUCCUGGGAACAAUUGCGGCGGAGGACUACAUCAAAGAUACAGCAGCCCUAAAAACCGCGCGGAAAAAUCAGUACAUUGAGAACUUCGACACCGAGUUCAUGGGACGGGUCAUUCCCGCCACAUUCAUCACUAUGAGCGGGUGGCUGAGCCUUGUGCAGCAGACAGGCCUCUUCAUCCAGAUCGUGGACCGCUGUGAGUUCGAAAUCAAAGGCUUUGAGAGCAAGGAAAGGCAUUUGUAUAUCACCGCGAGGAAGCUGGGCCUGGAACCGCUCUUCGGGCCGUACCCCUUGCCAACCUCUCGAAGACGUCCGCAUCUUCUGAGCGAGGGAGCAUGGAAGCCCUUUGCAGAGCGACUUACACGCCAUGAGUUUGACGCUGUGCUCAAGGCUGUCGAGUCGAAUAAAGAGGUCCUCGAUAUUGGAAGUGGCCAUGGUGUAGCAAUUGCCAAGCAGCUAGGCAAGGCGUAUGCCAUUGAGCCAAACUGUGACAGAAACGAAGUUCUUGCCAGCAACAGUGCAAAAUCGAGUGUUGAAAUCCGCCAGGGGACAGCCGAGAAGCUGCCUUUCGAGGACAAUAAGUUCGACGCUGCCGUAGCUCUCUGGAUCCUGCACUACGUUGAUGACUUGGAGCAGUCACUCGCCGAAAUGGCCCGCGUGGUAGAUCCCACAGCCCCUAACGCUCGCAUCGUCAUCGUCCAGGGAGCGCCAGACAAUGAGGUUGUCAACCUCAUCAACAAGGCUUGCGGCCCCAUCGCGCAGGAGGGAAUGUUGCCCGGAGAGUCUGCCAUCGACCACCAGGGCUUUCUACUAGCCACAGCGGCCAGGAUCUUUACCAAACAUGGAUUUGGUGACGUCUCUGUCGCACGGGUCGAUGCUCACUGCAAUUUCCCAGAACACGACCUUUCUGUUCGCUGCAGCAAAGCAGCGGACGUCCUAACGGAUUUCUGGUAUAAGGAUCAUCCGAGGAACGGAGACAUGAAGGAGGCGUUCCAGCCAGUCUUGAAGGAGCAUUUUGCUAGCAGGCCACUGGAGGUUGGCGACCAGGCUGUCAUUUUAAUCGCAAAGCCGACUCUCUCACAGUAG